GAUAAGUCCGCGGUCACACUGGACGAAAAAGCGAUUGAAAAUUGAAAACAAAUUCGGCUAUCACUAACUAGCCGAACUGACGUUCGAAACUAAGCCACAAACCGAAUCUAGUCGAUUAUUUUCGCAACAAGUCGUACCAAAGUGAACGCAUCCGAUCCCCAACCGCCAGGCCAUUCCAUUCGCAUGGUUCGUCGCCACCAGAACGUGUACCAAAAACCAAGUUAAUUAAAGUUGAGACAAUAUUUUGAGAUGCAUCGGACCCUGCCCCGCCUCUAGUCGCCCGUUCCGGCUCAGUUGUGCGCGGGUCAGUGGCCCUCCUCCUGCUCCUGAUCCUGACCUGACUGCCUACCCGUCCCCUUCCUCACGAAGAACACAGAAUUGCAAUCGCCGACUCCUGGAGGAUUCGGAGGAGACCUGCGAUGAAGCCAACCCUAGCCACCGGCGGUAGCAGCAGCGCCAAAGUGCCCGAACCCAUCGACUACGUGACCCUGAUCAGCGACGACUCCGAUGGUGAGCCGUCACCGAAGAGGACAGCUCCUCUACCGGCAACCACUCCUGGCACCAACAGCCAGAAGCUGAAAAUCCACGAUGACGACUCUAACGAUGCCCCCGCCACCAGUGCCAGUGCCAACGAUGAACGCCGCACGAGUCGGCGCAACAAGCCCAAAGUGGACUACACUACAAACAAGCCCAGCACGAGCGGCGAGGCGGCAGGCAGUGAAAGGGGCAGCGCGGGACCCACGAGAAGCACCAGCAACCCGCCGGGGGAGAAGCGCGUCCAGGCUCAGGUACAGUCGGAGCCACGCUCUCGGAAAUCAGACACUGCUGCUGCUGGGUCAUCUGCGGGCGGGAGUUCAGCCAACACGGGCACGCGCAGUGCCCCAUCCACAAACGGGGAGACACGGAACCGAGAUAUGGGCACGCCCACAGUGCUGACAGGGGAGGAGGGGGCUGUGUUUCAGUCCCGCCUGCCCUUUGGAAAGAUGACACCCAACGAGGAGGCCUGCUUUCCCGACAUCAGCCGAUCGGGCAUACUGGGGCACCGCGUUUUCCUCAACAUCCGCAACAGUCUGCUCCACAUGUGGGUGGACAAUCCGAAGCUGCAGCUCAGCUUCGAGAGCGCGCUAAAGGCACUGCCGCCGCCCUUUGACAGCGAACCGAACCUAGUGCGGCGCAUCCACUCGUUCCUGGAGCGACAUGGGUUCAUCAACUUUGGCAUAUUCAAGCGCCUGGUGCCCAUUCCGACCAAGAAGCUGGGCAAGGUGAUUGUCAUCGGUGCGGGUAUCUCUGGUUUGGCCGUUGCCCAGCAGCUGCAGCAGUUCGGCAUGGACGUCAUUGUGCUGGAGGCUCGAGAUCGGAUUGGUGGACGCAUUGCCACAUUCCGGAAGAACAGCUACAUAGCGGACCUGGGGGCCAUGGUGGUGACGGGCGUCUACGGCAAUCCGAUGACCAUAUUGAGCAAGCAGAUCGGCAUGGAUCUGGUGCCCAUACAUCAGACAUGUCCGCUCUACGGCCCGGACGGCAAGCCAGUGCCAAAGGAGAAGGACGAUGUCAUUGAGCUGGAGUUCAACCGCCUGUUGGAGUCGGCCAGCUAUCUGUCCCAUCGCCUGGACUUCAACUACGCCGGCAACUGUCCCGUGUCGUUGGGCGAUGCGCUGGAGUGGGUCAUAAGCAUGCAGGAGAUGCAGGCCAUGAACAAGCGGGCGCAGCAUAUGCAGGAUAUCAUUGCUGCCCAAAAGAAGAUCAUCGAGCACCAGAAGCGGUUGAAGGCCGUCAAGCAGACCAUCGACGCCCUCAGAACCGAGCACAUAUCCAUGGUGACGAAGCGCUGUCCAAAGGGUGUCGAGAGCGACGCGAGCUACGCGAGACAGGAGUACAACAUUCGCCACACCCAGGUCAAGCUGGACGACACGGUCAAGCAGUUUACGGAGCUCCACGAAGAGAACAAACAGAUGGUCGCCAAGCUCCACGAGCUGGAGCAAAACAAACCCAGCGAUGUGUACCUGAACACCCGCGAUCGCCUCAUUCUGGACUGGCAUUUUGCCAACCUGGAGUUCGCGAAUGCCACACGACUGAACAACCUGUCACUGAAGCACUGGGACCAGGACGACGACUUUGAGUUCAUUGGCCACCACACGACCGUUCGGAAUGGCUACUCUUGCGUGCCCGUAGCGCUCUCCGAAAACCUGGACAUACGCGUCAACAGCGCCGUCAAGGAGAUCAAGUACGGCCCCAAUGGCAUUGAGAUUGUGGCCGAGAACAUGAAGACCAGCAACUCUGUGAUGACAUACAAGGCAGACCUUGCUGUCUGCACACUGACGCUUGGGGUGCUGAAAGUAGCCGUGGCCGAGGAGGAAUCCCAGCAGAAAAACACUGUCAAGUUUGAACCGCCGCUGCCAGACUGGAAGCGGCAGGCGAUACGACGCCUGGGAUUCGGGAAUCUGAACAAGGUGGUUCUCUGCUUCGAUCGCAUCUUCUGGGAUCCCAAUGCCAAUCUCUUCGGCCAUGUGGGCAGCACCACUGCUAGUCGCGGGGAAAUGUUUCUGUUCUGGAGCAUCAGUUCGUCACCAGUGCUGUUGGCUCUGGUCGCCGGGAUGGCCGCCAAUAUUGUGGAGAGUGUCACAGACGACGUCAUUAUCGGACGCUGCAUGUCAGUGCUGAAGAAUAUUUUCGGCAAUACCGCUGUGCCUCAGCCAAAGGAGACGCUGGUCACGCGCUGGCGCAGCGAUCAAUGGGCUCGCGGUUCCUACAGCUACGUCUCUGUGGGCUCCUCCGGGAGUGAUUACGACCUGUUGGCAGCGCCCGUCAUACCGCCGCCUGUCAGUGGGCAGCGCUCGAGCAAGGACUCUGAGGGGCUUCCACGGCUCUUCUUUGCCGGCGAGCACACGAUACGCAACUAUCCUGCCACAGUACAUGGGGCCUACUUGAGCGGUCUGCGCGAGGCCGGCCGUAUUGCCGACUACUAUCUGGGCUAUCCGGAAGGCACGCCGCCCAACAUCGGCUACUCUGUCGCAGAAGCGGCCAAUGCCGUCUGUGUUGGCAAUGUUGUCAAGCUGCGCGACUUCUCGCCCAAUCUCUCCGACUCGCCAACGUCAAAAAAGUCUGAGGAGAACUCUAACUCAAACACUGCCGAGCCCGAGCCGACGGAAGUGCCGUAGCUCGCUAGCGUAUGUACAUGUACUGCGAGUAGUGUGUAGUGUAAGUGUUUCAACUAGCGCAAUAGAACCAUCAAAUAAGCCAUUUAGUUAAGGAGCUGUUGUAAUCUUGGAUCUGUAACUGUUUAGUGUGUGUAUUAUAGAAUCGGCUUUGCUAUACGAUAGGACAAGUUUCAGGAUAAGCUAGACCUAUGUAAAUACCUAAGACUAUUCCAGCACAUUUGGAUAA